AUGUCCGAAGAGCAGCACCACCAUGGUCCUGGUGGCCAUUAUUCGGGUCGUAACCGGAUCCCGAAUAUUCAGCAGUUUGUCGCUAGCCUGGAUCGUGACAAGAGGGAAAGAGAUGCCCAGAUCGAUGCCAGUUUAAAGUCGAACCAGACAAAUGGCCAAGGAGUCAAAGAGCAUACACCAGAAAAAAAGCACACCAAAGGCAAAACCGUCAGUGACCCCGUUACUGGCAGGGACGUCGAGAUUGCCGAUGCCGACCUUGACUUUGAGAGCGCCGUCGACAACCCCAUGCUGUCUGUGCCAAAUGCCAAUCUCGGUAAAGAGACGACCGUCAAGACGGAAGCUACGCAGUCGGGCGAAGAGUACAGAUACAACCAAGACGUGACGGCGCCUCCUGACCCAGUUGCAACCGGAUCAACCUCAGAUGUCCCCAUCAAAGGUGAAAAGACCAACAUUCUGUUCCACCCCACGCCUUCUGUCAGCUAUGAGCCCAUGUUUGAUAUCAUUGAGCAAAAGGCCACCAUUCUGUGCGCCGGCAUCUUUUUUUCAAUUGUUCUCAUUGGAAAGUUCUUUGGCGGUAGACUCCUAGGUUUGAUACCCCUUGCUAUCUGCGUCGCUUCUGGCGUGUUCCUCUGGAUGAAGGAUCUCGUCAGGCAAGGCAGAGAUAUUGAAUGGUCUAGUGAGCAAAAGCGUGGUGAAAUGGCAACCGCCAACCUGAUCCCCGAGUCUGUGGAAUGGAUGAACACUCUACUCGGCAUUGUCUGGGGACUCGUCAACCCUGAAAUGUUCGCUGCCGUUGCGGAUACUCUCGAGGAUGUCAUGCAAGCAUCGGUCCCCGGUGUCAUUGAAAACGUCAAGGUUGCCGACAUCUCUCAGGGUAACAACCCCAUUCGCAUCCUCAGCAUGCGAGCGCUCCCAGACGACCACAUGAAAGAUGUCAAGGAGGAGAUGCACAAGGAAAAUGAGAAAGUCAAGGAUCCUCAGGAACUUGCAGCUGAUGAAGAGGGUGGCGACUACUACAAUCUUGAAGUGUCCUUUGCCUACCACGCGAAGCCUAGUGAGGGCUCAGUCUCUAGCAAGGCGGCCAACAUGGGCAUGCAGUUGAUCUUCUACCUCGGUGUGAAGGGCUUGUUUGGCGUUCCUCUUCCAAUCUGGGUCGAACUCAUUGGGCUGGUCGGAACUGUUAGACUGCGACUCCAGAUGUCGCCUCAACCGCCAUUCCUCAAAGCCGUCACGUUCACGCUCAUGGGAGUCCCGAAAGUCCAGGCUGGUUGUACGCCCAUGAUUGAGCGUGGUGUUAACAUCCUUAACUUGCCCGUCAUCUCCAACUUUGUCAACUGGGCCAUCAAGACAGCAGCGAGCAUGUAUGUCGCUCCCAAGAGUAUGACUCUGGAUCUUGGCAAAAUGCUCCAGGGUGAUGAUAUCCAGAAAGAAACCGAGGCACUUGGCAUCAUCUUUAUUCGUAUUCACAAGGCAGUCGGCCUGUCCAAACAGGAUCGCCGUGGCUCUGAAGGAGGUGGCAGCGAUCCCUACAUCACCGUCAGCUUCUCCAAAUUCGGCAAGCCCAUGUACUGUACUCGUGUCAUUCAGGAUGACCUCAACCCUGUUUUCGAAGAAACCUGUGCUCUCAUGGUUACAACAGAUCUUAUCAAGGCUGAUGAACAGCUAUCAAUGGAACUCUGGGACAGUGACCGGUCCAGUGCGGAUGAUGUUGUCGGAAAGGUCGAGCUCUCGAUGCAAAAGCUCAUCCAGCACCCAGGAAAGAUGUACCAGCAGAUCUCCAAACUGAGAGGCGUCAAGGCUGACAGCGAGAUGCCUGGUGAGCUUCAUUGGGAAGUUGGUUUCUUUGGCAAGACUCAGUUCCGUGCUGCUCUACGGACUGACGGCAAGGACCUCAGUCUUCCUCCUGAGCUUCGUGACAAGAAGGAGUUGCAGGAUGACAAGGGAGCUAUCGACAAUGCGCAGGAAGAUGCAGUCACCCACACUCCUCCCGACCCUCUUUGGCCAUCUGGCAUCCUCUCUAUCGUUGUUCAUCAAAUCGUCAAUCUUGAAUUGGAGAAUAUGAAGGGCAGUGAAGGUGGCAAGCGCAAGGGCGGUAAAGAAUACGAACCAGCCCGCGAUGCCGGCGAAGUCAAGGAGGAGGCGAGCAAGAAGUUGCCCAGUGCUUACUGCACCCUUCUCCUCAAUGACGAGCUGGUCUACAAAACGCGAACCAAGGUUGUUUCAUCCAAGCCCAUCUUCAACGCUGGUACAGAAAGGUUUGUUCGAGACUGGAGAUCAGCUAUUGUGACUGUGGCUGUGCGCGACUCGAGGAAUAGGCAGCAUGAUCCUAUCAUUGGUGUUGUACCUCUCAAGCUCUCUGAUAUCCUGCAAACAUCCAGCCAGGCAACCAGAUGGUAUCCCUUGGAUGGAGGCAUCGGAUUCGGUCGUAUCCGUAUCUCGCUUCUCUUCCGCUCCGUGGAGUUGAGACUGCCUCCUCCUCAACUCGGCUGGGAUGUUGGCACCUUUGAAUUCACAUCCGACACAAUCACCUCGACCUUUGCCGAGAAGAACAGCUACAAGCUCCGUAUGCGCACGGGUGGCAGUUCUGGAGCCAUCAAGCGCGAACAGUGUACAUCCGAGAAUGGUCAGCUGGUCUGGAACAUCAAAGAGACUGAAAAGAUCAAGCCUCCUCGUUUGCCAGUGCGAUACCGAUACCGAUCACCCAUUUUCUUCGAGUUCCAUGCCAGUGGCAAGCGCCAUGCUGAAUGUUUUGCUGCCAUCUGGCUACUGGAGCUCGUGGAUAACGAGCCAAAGGAGUUUGAUGUCCCAAUCUGGCGGUGCGAUAACAGCCAGCGCCUGUCUCAAAAUUACAUUACAGAGGAGAACUUCAAGAACAUUCCCGAUCUCAAGCUCGAGGAGGUUGGUCGCUUACGAUUCAGUGGACGCUUCAAGGCCGGAACCGAUCGCGAUCACCUGCGGUUUGUCUCGGAUAACGACUCCAGGGAGACCAUUGAAACUUGGGAAGCUUGCUUUGCUGAAGGUGUCCGACACGAGGAAGUUUCUAAGGAGGUUCCUCCCGUCAUUCAAGAAUUGCAUGAUGCGUCUCUCACUCAGGGUCGCGACGUCUUGGCUACUGCCUCUGAAGAGGAAAAGCAAAAGUGGCUGGCCAAGGAUGGUACAGAUUGGACCGGUGCAUUCGGCAAGGACCCGGCUACUAUCAUGAGUGGUCGUCAAAAUGAUGAUGAGGAUGAGGAGGAGGAUAUCUACGAGUCCGAGGAUGACUCGGCACAGGGUGGGAGCAGCACCACGAGCUCACCCCAGCGGCUCCGCCAUCCCAAAACUGAUCUAGGCAUUGUGGAUGGCAGUAACGCGCCCAUGUCCGAUGGUCGCAGCAGCAUCGAUACUUCUUCAGAUGCACGCAGAAGUAAUGAUACCGGCAUUACGCAAGCCACCACCAACGGCAGUGCCGACUCCAAGGCCAGCAAGAGCAGCAAGAAUCCCAUUUCUCAGUACAAGGACUACAAGUCGCGCAGCCGUGAUUUGCACCGCCAGCACAGAGGUCUGAUGCAGUGGCGCCCAAUGCGCAACAUCCAGUUUGCCAAGGAUGAGGCCAAGUUUGCCGUCAGGCGUGUUACAAAAUUGGGUUCGCUCAGUGGAAGACAGCCCGAUGUCGAGACCGAAGUCUAA